AUGUGUUACUGGAAGCAUCAGAUUGUUCCCGAUGAAGCAAGUAAAGAAGACAUUAACUUGUCGGAGAGUGAAAAAUUUUCUUGUAACCUAGCAACAAUACUGGCAAGAGACAGAGAAGUAGUGGCAGUAAACUUGAAAAUUUUAUCCAACAAUUAUAAAGUUUACAUCGCUAAGAACAGUGCUUGGUCUGAAAAUGAUCGUAAAUAUAUUUACGAAAUCAAAGAAUACCUGGAGCUUGAUUAUAGAUUGGACAAACUUAAGAACGAUAUAAUCUAUAGUAAAAACAAAUCACAUAUUAAAUCUUUCUUAGAAUUUGCUAAAAUUAACGUUGUUAAUAUAGAUAAGGCGGGAUCCUAUGUUGGAUCUUUGAUGGAUAUCACAGAUUGCAUCCUAUUAUGGCCGAUCAAAGAUUUUAUUCCUGCUCAAUACGAAGAUUUUAAGAAAGCAUGCUUGGAAGAUGAAGAAGUAAGAAUUGAAUGUAUUGAUCAAAAUAAUGGACCAGGACAAGAAAAAUGGAAACUUCCCGAUACCUUCAAGAAAGAAUUUGUGUCAAAUACUCUAUUUGACCUUGAUCAGAUCAUAGAGAGUGGAAUAGAACACUUCAAUAGUAUGAUUUCUAGUGAUGGCGAAAGUGUGAUCAAUAUUUUAAUGAUCGAUAAUAUUGAAUUUUCAGAUGACUUUAAUAAGGAUAAUUUUUAUUAA